AUGGUAUGUUUAGGGCCUAGGAAAAAAGAAAAAAAAGCAAGUGGCAAUAGCCUUAAAAAAUCUCCAACUUUAAACACAACAAGGCUUAGAAGCUCGAAAACGAACUCAAGUUUAGCUUCAAUGAUGUCUGUAAAUGGCAAAAAAACAUCCACAGCUGCUCGUAGUUCGGUUGAAGCACUGACGAACAAUAAAAGGGCUAGUGUCAUAAGCAACCAAUCUGGACAUAAUUCUCGACCGUCAGCAACAACAGGAGUAACAGCAACAAAACCUCAACGUUCUAUUUCACCGCUGAAUGCAACGAGAGCAGCUGGUUUGGCAACAGCAGCUUCAAACGCUAGCCCGAUAGCCAAUGGCGCAUCUAGACCAAAUAGUGUCGCUUCGUCCAUCCGAAGUGUUGGCGCUUCCGCUAUUGGUACCGUAGGGAAGCCAACUGGAAAGAGAUACCCUAUUACGGAGAUGAAGGAGGAAGUGAAAGAUUUAAAAGCAAAGAAUGAAGAAAAUUUGAGAUUGAUCGCCGAACAGAAAGCUGAGCUUGAGAGGUUAAAGCUACAAUUACAACAACAACAGAAACAGCACGAGCAAAAUAAUGAUAGACAUAAUGCGUUUAAGCAGCACUCGUCAGGUCUAAAGGAUGAGGUAAAUGCAAAAGACGACACCAAAGAUAAUGAUGGGGAUUGCAAUUUUUUGAUGCAACAGCCAAAAUCACCGAAUUCGUUGCCUUCCGUCAAAUCAGAACGACAAGAAAGGAACAAUACUAAUAGUGUUGAGAUUCAGUUACUUUUACACGAAAAUGAGGCAUUGCUGAGAGAACAGAAAGAGUUGGUCGAAGAUAAGAACGGAAAGAACAUGGAGCAAGUUCUCGAAGAAUUAAAAUCAAAAAUGAACGACGCCUCGCUUGACGAUCAUGAGAAAACAGAUAAGGAAGCACUUGGUCAAAUUGAUGAACUGUAUAAACAAUUGGAGGAGCAAAAAAAAUCACAUGAAGAAAGCCUUCGAUUACAUGAAGAAAUGCUGGCUGAGAAAGAGAAUCAAUUAAAUGAACAAAGAAAGUCCUUGGAAGCACUCAAGCAAAGUCAUAUGGAUGAAUUAUGUAAAUUACAAACCACGCAAUCCGAAAGCAUACUUUCACUCAAGAAGAAGCAUGCUCAGGAGAGAUCCGAAUUAAUGAAGCAAUUGGAAGAAGCGAAGAAACAAGCAACGAAGGCUGCGGCCAAUGCUCAAAGUGCCACAUCAGCAAUAAAUUUAGAUGAGCAUCUCGAACGUAUUCUGCAAGAGUUUGAGCAAGCUGAGCAUACACAUGCUGUAGAAUUGAAGGAUUUGGAGCGGUCACAUCAGUCGCAACUCGACACUCUAGAGAAUAAUCAACAGAACGAGCUCAAUAAACUUCUGAAGCAUGACACCAAAGCAAAGAGGGAUAGUGGUAAAUGGACUACUCGCUUUCAGCCCACUGAAGCUGUCUCAUGGCCACUGCCAAGCAGGGAACAGCUCACGAAAUUGCGCCCUACCUCGCCUGCUCCAUUGGUAGAAAGCAAAAGCAAGACGUUAUUAAAAGCCCUGAGCAAUACAGUCAUGCCCACCAAAGCAGAACCGGUUUUAACUCCACUAGAUCCUAAAAAGGUACAGAUCUAUUAUUCAUCAGUAAGCGGCCAUUCCAUCAUAAAAAAAAAUCAGGAGAAGAUACAACAGCUUUUGCAAGCACAAAAUAUACCAUUCAGUUUAGUGGAUGUAGCGUCGAGUGAGGCAGCUAGACAGUAUGCUAAACGAUGCAACAAUAAUGGAUCUACGACAGGCAGGAUUAAAGAAUUUCCGCAACUUUACGUAGGUGGUGAAUAUAGAGGACAAUUUGAGGAUGUUAUGCGUGCAAUUGAUGAAGGGACGCUUUUAGAGCUAUUACGUGCUGCGACAGAACGUCAAUUCACAGCUGAGGAAAAAGCUGCUAUUCAAAAAGCAGAGAUGAACGAAAAAUUAGCAUCGGCAGUAAUCAAAAAUCAAGAAGAGUUACCAAAUGCUUCUCGAAAUGAUACUAUGACAGAAGAUAUACCCACUUUGAAACCAUCUGUCAGACAGGUGCGCAUAUUGAAGGAGGAUGAAGAUGAGGAAUUAUUCAGAGAGCUUGAAAAAGAAUUGAGUGAAGGGAAAGAGAUUAAUUUGGAUGAUUUGUAG